GGAGAAAGGGAAUUUUCAUUCAAACCAUCAUGUUUCCCCAUGAUGAACUUUAAGAAAAUUUCUACAUUCACUUCUAAAUAUUGUUCCCGCAUACACCUGUCUCCCACACUUCCCAAACAAUGCAGUUGACCAAUCAGCUUCACAGGAGCACUGUGAAUUCACUUUUGUUGAUAUGUAGCUAGGCAACAGGUCAGUGACAAAAGAGAACUUGCCAUUUCUGUAGCAACGCAAGAUGCUAACGUACUAAUUUCUUAAAUAAGAAAGGAUAUGCUAAGACCUAACGCUUUGUUUCUGCUUAUUCCUCGGUGUGCACAAAGGAAUCAUUAUGUGGGAGUUUAAGUACUGAGAUUUUAAGAGCCUGCAUUACUGCUUGAAAUUAUUGUAAAGGGGAACAGCUUGAUCAUCCAUGAUACACAUCUAUCCAUGGAAAAUGGACUGGUGGAUAAAGCCAUAGCUGGGUGAAACACAGAAUCAACUUAAUGUAACACACGAGGCUGUACAAUGUGGCAACACCAAUAGUUAUUGCUAUGAAUGCAGAAUAAUAAUAAAAAAUGUUUGGAAGAAUGACAGUGAGGUGACCGACAAAAACCACGCAAAAGCACAAACCUAUACAUGCUUACUCAGAAGUAAGCCCCACAGUGGUGAGUGGGGCUUACUCCCAGGAUUUAAAAAAAUAGACACUAAAAAAAUAGUAAAACAGAAAAAACACCACAAAAAGGCAACAUUGCUGGGAGUGUUAGAACAUUGCAAAUGUGCUCAGAUCUAUCACAGCUGCCCUCUGUUUUAGGAUCUUGUACCUCUUUAUCCCAGAGAGCUUCAUUGUUUUUAAAGGAACAACAGGUCAACCAAAAGACAACCACAAAGUCCAAACAAGAAACACUACAUAAAUCCAGACAUCCUGUUAAUGGAACAUUGUUGACUUCAUGGAAACGGCUUUAAUGAAAAAGACUCUGAGCAAACACAAUAAAACACUGCCCAAUGCUGGAAAAGUCCUUGCUAAUAUCUCCACCAGCUCGUCUUUAAGACAGGCUUCAAAAUCCAGUGUUUCAGAUCCUUCCAUGCUCUUGUCAGGAGUGGGUUUAAAUUCUACCCUUAAAACAAGUGCUGGGAAGAAGAGGCCGGGGACUGUGGUGGUAUCAAAACGAUCAAGUACUGGGGGCAUGUCUCAGGAUCAGUGGGAUCGGCCCGUCAUUCCCCCGAGAAGACCUGGCUUCAGGAUCUGCCAUAUCUGUGGCAAAGAGUUUGGGUCACAAUCUCUUCCUAUCCACGAGCCAAAAUGUCUGGAGAAGUGGCAGAUAGAAAACGAUAAGCUGCCCAAACAUCUCAGAAGACCACCGCCUGUUAAACCUCAGGCUCUUCCUGGAGGAUUUCUCGGUACGAUGGCUGAAAACGCAGCAGCUGCUCAAAGUUACAAGCUCCUACCCUGUGAACACUGUGGCCGUACUUUUCUUCCAGAUCGUCUUGCUGUACACCAAAAGAGUUGUAAACCAAAAGCCAGUUCAGGUCCUUCAAGCUACAGCUCCUCUAAAUCACAAAGAUCCACUGGGCCUGCAUCUUCCACCUCAGACAAGCCUGCAUUUAUACGGCGACCCCCAACCGUUAUUUGCUACAUUUGCGGCCGAGAGUAUGGAACUCAAUCCAUAAGCAUCCAUGAACCGCAAUGUCUGAAAAAAUGGCACAUUGAGAAUGAUCAGCUGCCAAAACACUUAAGACGACCCGAACCCAAGAAGCCAGAGGUCGUAUCCAUAGGAGCCAAAGGUUACUAUGAUCUGGAUGCUUUAAACGAGUCUGCCUGGCAAAGUGCCCAGGCCCAGUUAGUUCCAUGCAAUAUUUGUGGUCGUACCUUCCUGCCAGACAGGCUGAUCGUUCACCAGCGCUCAUGUAAGCCGAAGACACCGAAAUAAAAUGUUCCUCCCUUCAAGCCAAAGUUUUUAAAGAACAAGACUCUUUGACCUAGAGGUCAGAGGUCUCAGCAAUGAAGAAACAUAGCACUAUGUCAAAUCAAGUUCCAAAAAUGACCUGUGUACAAUUAACUGAAUAUUGAUUAUGUAGGUGAAAUAUGGACAUGCCAUUUCUAACAGUGUUUUGCAGCAGUGGUAUUGACCACGUGGUCCAUAAGGAUGAUGGGAGUUCAACUUCUUCUGCAUUCUUCAGAGCAGACCGUGGCCUUAAGACUUCACAGUGAAUACCAUUGUUUCUCGGACACACAAUGUUAUGAAGUGGCUAUGCCUUUUCAGACCCAAGAGUUAGUAAAUCAUGUUUAAGAAUACUUCUUUUUACUAAGGAUGUUUCCGUUCAAAGGCCCUAUCUGCAGCAAAAUGAGGAGAAUAAAAGCUUUGGUAGGCUUCUUCAAAA